CUGGUGCCACUAAAAGUUCUUUUCUCGCUGCAGGAUGGACGCUUGAGGCCUGGAGAUCAGCUUAUUGCCAUAAACAAGGAGUCUUUGAUAGGUGUGACCCACGAAGAGGCCAAAAGCAUGUUGAACAAAGUCAAAUUCAGCCAAGAGAGUACGGUGGAAAUAGCCUUCAUCCCAGGGAAAGGGCUGUUUCCGAGCAGCACGUCUCUCCACAAUGGAGUCCAACGGGCCACAGGCAACAGCCACAGCUCUGGACGCUUAAAAGUCCACAUCAGAUCACCCGAGAUCUGCGCAGAGGAACCAGCUCCAGUGUCCUCGCCUUCUCCCGACAUCUGUCCUCCAGAUAUUCACGUAUCAGGUUCGGCUAGCCAGAGGUCCCCGACUGGGAUGAAACCGAAGAUAACGCUGGACCCCUACAUACGCCUCAAAUCUGACAAGCUAGACUUGGCCUUGUCCUUCCUGGGCCUGGAUGUGACGGACGAAAAGAGGAAGAGGCUGAACCAGAGUCUGACCCCGGACCCACAGGGCACGGUGGCGUACGGGGACUUUGUCGAGGCUACCCGCAGCAUCUUCCAGGAGGAACUGGAGCGGCUCGGUUUGGGUGCGGAUUCCUUCAUGUUUUCCUACCACGAAGCGGCCAGUUUAAUGGACACGUCGGCCUUCCAUUCCCCGACGUAUGAAUCGGAAUGCAGCUACAGCAGCGAGGAGAUGGAGCAGUUUCAGACGGAGGUGAAGCAGCUGCAGACUCAGAUGAAGCAGCUCAAGGUGAUGCUUAAGGACAUGGAGCAUAGCAAGAAGACCCUUGAAGAGGAGCUGCAGAAGACAUCAGAGAAGGCCUGUUUGACCGUGGAGGAGAACACCCGUCUGAAGAGCCGUCUGCAGGCGGCCGAGGCCGAGGUGGUCCAGCGGCCGGCCACCAGCGCCGAGCAGGACUACGAGGAGGUCAUCCAGCUGCUGGAGGCCGAGAUCCGAGACCUGAAAAACCAGCUGGCCAACAAGAGGCCCACGCGAGGGGCAGAGGCCAGCAAGGAUGACGUGGUGGAGCUGAACAGAAGGUUGCUGACCAUCGACUCCAAGUUGAGGAGGUCGGAGCUGAGCAGAAAACAUCUGGAGAUCUCCAACAAGAAGCUGAUGGGCUUUGCACAGAAUGUCCACAAAGUGCUGACCACGCCCAGUCUGUUUGGAGGAGAGGCCGGGAGCAGCAAGUCGUCUCCGGCCGCCGACAGCCCUGACCCCCCCUCGCCACUGCCCGAUCCCGCCUUCCAGCUGGCGGUGGAGGCCAAAGAGCUGAUGGAGGGGGCAGCGGCAGAGGAUAACGGGUCGGGUUCGGACGGCACGUCGGACUCCAGCUCUCACCAGGUCUGA